AAGACUCUUAAUCUUUCUUUCUCUCUGAUUUUUUUUCUCUAACAGUUAGAUCUGUAGAUUCUAAUUUUUCUCUUACUUUUGGAAGAAGAUCUAAAAAACUCUCUGUUUUUCUCUGAUUCUGCAUUGAAGCCGGUGAUUUUUCGGUGAAGUGAAAAUGUCGUCGAGAAGAGGAUCGAAAUCGAAGAAAUUAGGUUCAAGCAACUCAAAAGCUGUAAAUUCGCCUUCAUCUUCAACAACAUCAUCAUCCAAACACUUUCUGGAAACAUCUAUCGAUGGCCAGAGUUCACCGGCGUCUUCAUCGGCUCGAAGCAAGCCACAGUAUUUUUACUCUGAGAAUUUGCAUGUGGAUGCCGACCGAUCCAAAGAAAAUGUCACCGUCACCGUUCGUUUCCGUCCUCUAAGUCCGAGGGAAAUUCGUCAAGGCGAGGAGAUUGCUUGGUAUGCAGAUGGGGAGACUAUAGUGAGAAAUGAACACAAUCCAUCGAUAGCAUAUGCAUACGAUCGAGUGUUUGGCCCUACAACUACUACACGCCAUGUCUAUGAUGUUGCUGCUCAGCAUGUUGUCAAUGGUGCCAUGGAAGGCAUCAAUGGCACCAUUUUUGCUUAUGGCGUGACAAGUAGUGGGAAGACUCAUACGAUGCAAACACCAAACCGGGAGUUUCUUCUUCGUGUUUCAUACCUUGAGAUCUAUAAUGAGGUUGUUAAUGACUUAUUAAAUCCAGCAGGACAAAAUUUAAGAAUUAGAGAAGAUGCUCAGGGAACCUUUGUUGAAGGAAUAAAGGAAGAAGUAGUACUAUCCCCUGCUCAUGCCCUCUCUCUUAUAGCGGCUGGAGAAGAGCACAGACAUGUUGGAUCAACAAACUUCAAUUUACUCAGCAGCAGGAGCCAUACAAUAUUUACACUGACGAUAGAAAGCAGCCCAUGUGGUGAAAAUAGUGAAGGUGAAGCAGUAAAUCUGUCACAGCUGAACCUCAUUGAUCUGGCAGGUUCUGAGAGCUCGAAGGCUGAAACAACUGGCGUAAGGCGAAAAGAAGGAUCUUAUAUCAACAAAAGCUUGCUAACACUAGGAACUGUUAUAUCUAAACUGACAGAUGGUAGAGCCACUCAUAUACCAUAUAGGGAUUCUAAGCUGACCAGGCUGCUUCAGUCUUCGUUAAGUGGUCAUGGGCGUGUAUCUCUUAUUUGCACUGUCACUCCUUCAUCAAGUAACACAGAAGAGACUCACAAUACACUGAAAUUUGCCCACCGUGCUAAACACAUUGAAAUCCAAGCAGCACAGAACAAGAUUAUUGAUGAGAAAUCACUUAUCAAAAAAUACCAAAAUGAGAUACGCUCCUUGAAGGAAGAGUUAGAACAAUUGAAGCAGGGUAUUGUAACAGUUCCUCAACUAAAAGAUAUUGGAGAAGAUGAUAUUGUACUCCUAAAGCAGAAGCUAGAAGAUGGUCAAGUCAAGCUGCAAUCAAGGUUGGAGGAAGAAGAAGAAGCGAAAGCGGCUUUAUUGAGUAGAAUACAGCGAUUGACAAAAUUGAUUCUUGUCUCCACAAAAGCUUCACAAUCAACAAGAUUUCCCCAACGCCCUGGUCCAAGGAGGAGACAUUCAUUUGGAGAAGAAGAGCUUGCGUACCUACCACAUAGAAGGCGGGACUUGAUCCUGGAUGAUGAGAAUGUUGAGUUGUAUGUUUCCCUUGAAGGGAAUGCUGAAACUGGAGAUGAUAUACUUAAAGAGGAGAAAAAGACCCGAAAGCAUGGCUUGCUAAACUGGCUUAAGCUCCGAAAACGUGAUAGUGGUGUGGGGACCUUGACAAGUGCCAGCGAUAAAUCAAGUGGAAUUAAGUCUAAUAGCACACCUUCUACCCCUCAAGCAGGAAGCAAUAACUUCCAUGCAGAAUCUAGGCUUUCCCAGUCCUUACUUACAGCAAGUUCUCCACCCAUGGAUCUUCUAUCCGAUGCUAGACAGGAUAGAGAAGUUCCAGAGGACAAUUACCUUGGACAAGAGACACCUUUGACAAGCAUAAAAACAAUUGAUCAGAUAGAUCUACUAAGGGAGCAGCAGAAGAUUUUGUCUGGAGAGGUAGCACUUCAUUCAAGUGCUUUAAAGCGAUUGUCUGAGGAGGCUGCAAGAAACCCCCAGAAUGAACAGAUUCAAGCUGAGAUGAAAAAGUUGAGUGAUGAAAUCAGGGGCAAGAAUGAACAAAUUGCUUUGCUAGAAAAGCAAAUUGCUGAUUCCAUUAUGGUUUCACACACCGAGAUGGACAAAUCAGAAAUAUCACAAUCUAUUGCUGAAUUGGUGGCACAACUAAAUGAGAAGUCCUUUGAACUUGAGGUUAAAGCUGCGGAUAAUCGAAUAAUUCAAGAGCAGCUCAAUCAGAAGAUUUGUGAAUGUGAAGGACUGCAAGAAACUGUUGCCUCCUUAAAGCAGCAGCUCUCUGAUACACUACAAUCACAAAAUGCCAGUCCUAUCGCAACAUAUUCUCAAAAAUUCGCGGAAAUGAAAGGCCUGCAGAUGGAAAAAGAAGUUGCGGCAUCAAAAUAUAGUGGUGCAGAUUUGCUUAUAAAAGCACAGGUGACUGAGAUUGAAGAACUGAAGCAGAAAGUUGUUGAACUAAUGGAGUCGAAAGAACAGUUAGAACUGCGGAAUCAAAAACUAGCAGAGGAGAGUUCAUAUGCCAAAGGGCUAGCCUCAGCUGCAGCUGUGGAGCUUAAAGCAUUAUCAGAAGAAGUUGCUAAAUUAAUGAACCACAACGAGAGACUGGCUGCAGAACUGGCAGCAGCAAAGAACUCUCCCACCCAACGUCGAUCAAGUACAAGUACACUACGGAACGGCCGAAGAGAGAGUCUGAUGAAACGACAUGACCAAGUUGGAUCACCCUCAGAUCUAAAGAGAGAACUGGCUAUGAGUAAAGAAAGAGAGCUUGCUUAUGAAGCUGCUCUUCUAGAGAAGGAUCAACGAGAGGCUGAGCUUCAACGAAAGGUUGAAGAAUCCAAGCAAAGAGAAGCUUAUCUGGAAAAUGAACUUGCAAACAUGUGGGUUCUUGUUGCAAAAUUAAAAAAGUCCAAUGGAGUUGAUACUACUGUUUCGGAAUCAACAUGAGAAAAACAGCAAAGUGAAUCAGGAAUUAUGUUUAAGGUGCUCAAUUAUCCAGUCAUAAUAAUUCGGCUUUGGUUAGUAUUGAUUUCGGAUAGUUUUGCCUAGAGAAUGUUGUGCAUUGCAAGUUGGGGGCAAUUGUGUAUUCCAUAUGAGUUUUUUUUUUUUUUUUGAUUGAUUCUUCAAUUUGUUUGUACCCAUUGGGUUGUUUUCUUUUCCUCUUCCUUUCCUUUUAUCCAAUGGGGCAUUGUAUAUGAAAAGCUUCAUUUGUGUAUUAUUAUUAGUAUUGAAAGUAAUGAAGCUCUCAACGUGUACUUUUGUUUUUGGUCAG